AUGCCGAAACCAAGCAGAACCUCGACGCCCACCCCGGGUUCGUCGCUCCCUCCGCAAGAAUUCUACGACCCGGACUUUUUAAAUACCAGAGUCAUUUUAUUUCCCAACCUAUCAUACGAAGAUCUCGUCGACCAUGGAGCGUCCAAUGCCACCGUGCCGGACUCCAAGACGGUCGAUUCGAUGCUGGAGAAGCUCAAGAGUCUUCUCAGCGUCAUGGAGAAGCGCUCCACAUUCUAUGACCGUGGUAUGCGAUAUCUCGCCGACGAACGAAAGAAACGUGGUGGCGACUAUGACCAGGUCAUGACAGAUGAGCCAGAGGUCAAAAAGUCAAAGAAUAAGAAAAAGAAGAGCGAUGACGAUAAAUCAUCACCCGUUAAAGAUUCGAAAGCGAAGCGGCGCGAUUCGGCCAGCUCUGCUGGCGACAGUGACGGCGCAUCAGCGAAUGGUGACGCCGAUGGCAAGUCCAAAAAGAAAGACGGCUCCGAGUCCGACUCAGAUUCUGAAUCCAGCUCAGAAGAUGAAGGCGCACCUAAGAAGCGAGAAAUGCCACAAGCCAUGACAUUUGGCGAAGACCCCUCGACCUUCCCUGACCCAACUAUAUACGAGAUCCUACCCGUGAACGACGAUAUGACGGAAGAUGAAAAGAAGAAGAUAUACUCAGUCGCAGUGUAUCCGAAGAGCGACCUACUCGAUAAGAUUGCCGGAGAGCCCCCAGACAAGGACUUCACCAACGCGAAGCCAUCCAGUCAAAUCAACUUCACAACGUUUGCUACCUACAUCGAGCCAUACUUCCGCGGGUUCACGGAAGAGGAUCUUGGCUUCCUACGAGAACGUGGAGACAGAUCAACUCCGUUUGUGAUGCCGAAACGAGGAAAGAGAGGCUACGCUGAGAUAUGGGCAGAAGAAGACGGUGCAAUGUCAAUUGAUUCACCUCAGCAAGGACGUGAGAAGAUGGCACCGAAUGCACCCCGCGGCAACAUCGAGUUGAUGUCAGAUUCCAUUGGCGAGACUGAUAGCCUGUCAAUCGGGCCACUAGCGUCUCGUCUUCUUCAAGCUUUACGACCAACAACCCGAGUAGCUGCUGCUGCCGCUGCUGCUAGCGAAGAGAAGGCAACGAAUGGCACAACGAAUGGUGACGUCAGCAUGAAUGGCGACGAUGAGCAAAAUGGCGAAGAGAAACCUAACCCUCUGCAGCCAGCUACUGCCAUGCCCGACUCGUCAAGCGACGCGUGGAAGAAAGCAAUCCAUCCGCGCUUGGAGUAUGCGCAGGUUGACGAACGUCUUCGGCAGGAGCUCCGACACAUUGGUUUCCUACCUGAUGAAGGAUUCGACCUCGAGUAUGAUGGCCACUAUGACGAUGAGGUGGCCGGCCGCCUGCGCCACCUGCAGGCUCGCUUAAAAGAACAAAUACUCAUCAAUGGUGCGCGCAAGGCCCGUCUGACAGAGCUCGUCAAGGAGCGUAUGGCAAACCAGGAGUACCAAACCAUCCUUGAAGACUUGGAUUCGCAGGUCCAGGCUGCCUACUUGAAGCGCACACGAACCCUGGGCAAGAGCAAGAAGGCCAAGCGCCCUGGUGGCGCCGGUGGCGGUAGCCAUCCUGUGGGUGGCACGGCUCGCCCUGGCAUUGGCGACCUUACCCGAACGCUCAUGGAGCGACGACGCCGAUGGAUUGAUACAAUUGGCUCCGUCUUUGAAGACGAGAAUGUGUGCAAGGUGCCGCGGCAAUCAGACCCCAACAGCUCCAUCUUCAAGGCUGCCGACAUGGCAGAUCUACUUAAGAGGGAGAAGGAACAGUGGGACGAAGAGGCGGAGGAAGAGUAG